CGCGUUCGCCCCAGUUAUUUAUUGUCCAUAUAACUAAUAAAUGUUUUUAAUAUGAUCUGAAAAAUGGCAACGUCGCUUAUUCGAUAGGUAUUUAAUUUUUGACAGUCUGGAGUGGUUGUCAUUCACAACAAGAAUUUUGUAAACAAAAGUUGUUAAUUUGCAAACAAUAUUAGCGCGGUUUAAUUCUUAUAAACUAAUAAAAUGAAAAUCGCGGUUGAAGGAUGUGCUCAUGGCGAGUUGGAGAAAAUAUAUGAAACAAUACUUGAUAUAGAAAAAGCAGAAAACAUAAAAAUUGAUGUACUGCUAUGUUGUGGAGAUUUUCAGGCAACUCGUAAUUUGGAGGAUAUGCAAACAAUGGCUGUUCCUGAUAAAUAUAAGGAUAUGUGUACAUUUUAUAAGUAUUACAGUGGAGAACGUGUUGCGCCAAUAUUAACAAUAUUUAUUGGUGGAAAUCAUGAGGCGUCAAAUCAUUUACAAGAGCUGCCCUACGGAGGUUGGGUGGCACCAAAUAUUUAUUACUUAGGAUAUGCUGGUGUUGUACGUUUAAAUGGCAUACGUAUAGGCGGUAUUUCAGGAAUUUAUAAAAGUCACGAUUAUUUACGUGGCAGAUUUGAGUAUUGUCCUUACUCUGAAUCAACAAAAAAAAGUGUUUAUCAUGUACGCCAACUAGAAGUGUUUCGUUUAAAUCAACUAAGUAAUGAUAUGGAUAUAUUUAUUUCACAUGAUUGGCCUCAAGGAAUUUACAAUUAUGGUAAUAAAGCUCAACUUUUACGUUUUAAACCAUUCUUAAGAGAAGAUAUGGAAAACGACAGAUUAGGAAGCAAGCCUUGUGAAGAACUAUUAAAAAAGCUGCAACCAAAUUAUUGGUUUUCUGCGCAUUUGCAUUGCAAAUUUGCUGCUCUUGUAGAUCAUCGCGAACAGGAUGAUAUGGACAAUAUGGAAGAAGAACGUAUAACAAAGUUUUUGGCUUUAGAUAAAUGUUUACCUAAGAGACGUUUUUUGCAAGUGCUAGAUAUAGAAUCUGAACACACAGAUGGAGAAAUAUCUUUUGAAUAUGAUUUGGAAUGGCUUACAAUACUUUACUUGACAAAUCACUUAAUAAAUAUAAAAAGUCAAUACUAUUAUUUACCAGGUCGUGGCAGUGCCGCUGAAGAAAAACACAUGUUUACACCUAAUGAAGAAGAAUUACAGCAUAUUCGUGAAAAAUUACACUGUGAUUUACGUAUUCCAAAAAAUUUUGUUCGUACUGUGGAACCGUACGAUCCAAUGAAUGUUAGUGAAAUGCCUGUAAUACAACCAAAAUCAUUUAUUAAUCCGCAAACUACACAAUUCUGUGAUUUAUUGGGUAUAGACGAUCCAUUAAGUUUAGCGAUGAUGUUAAGUGGACAUGAACUAAGUUACUCAAGUGCAUAUGAUACGAGCAGUGAUAUACAACUUAAUGAAUCUAGUCUUUUAAUCGAUGGUCACAGUUUAAAUUCUUCUAGUUGUGCGGAUUCAAGUAUGUCGCAGAUGAGUCCACUAAAACGUAAAAGCAGUUUGAGUUUAAAUCUACCAAUGCCAAAAACAAAUAAUUUAAAUAUUAUUGACCUUAAUAAAUCACUUAAUCCGGAUGAGUUAAAUUUGGACCUAAAUUCUGAUGAUGACAGUCAAAUGGAAGAUGUCCAACAAAGUACACACAAUUCAGAAACUGCAGAUAAAACAGAAUUAUCAAAUAAAACAGAUACUGUGCAUAAGUUAACAAAUUUGGAAGAAGUUAAUCUGGAAAGAGAUACUGCUGAUGAGAGGAUUAAUGAAGAUAUAAAAGGAAAUAAUUUAGAUAAUUCAUCAGCGAAAAUAAUGAAGACUGAUAUUCUAAAUUUAAAACAAGCAGACAAUGAAGAUGAAAUAAAAACAUUAUCAGAGGAUAUUAGUUUGGAAAAAACAACCCACAGUGAAGUUGGAUAUCACAAAACGAAACAAAACGAUUUAGGCGUUUUACCUGUAAAGAAGUUUAAAAGACGGAACAUGAAUUUAUACAAAGCAGAUAGUGAAGAGGAAAGUUAAUAAAUAGUGUUAUGCAAUAUAACGUACGCUGUUGUAUGUGUUGUGUAUAAAUAUUAUCAACUUUAUAUUUUAAUAAAAAAAAAA